CCAGCCUCUCCCCCCGGUCAUGUUUCUGUGCCUUUAACUGAUGACAUUGGGACUCGCCCCGCAGCACCCUGCUUUUGUAGUAGUCACAAUGACCUGCGAAAUCCACCCACUACCUUAAAGAGCGCCGGAACAGAACCGACUCCCGGCACACUUCCAUCAGUACUGGGAGGCAGGGAGGCACCGGCUGCACGUUGCACGAUUUAGCACUGACUUCAUGUGUAUACAGACGGGACCGGUCUGGGCAAACCUAUAUCUACGUUCCACCUGGAGGCAUGGAGACGUUCUGUGGGUCUGGAGAUCUGGGGUCCCAGUUCUGGGAUUCCAACCUCACGUUAUAUACUGAUAAUCCGGACGUAACGCCAUGUUUUCAAAAUACGGUGCUGGCAUGGAUCCCCUGCGUGUACCUGUGGGUGGCGCUGCCCUUUUAUCUCCUGUAUCUGAAGUACAACCGGAGAGGCUACAUUGUGCUCUCCAUGCUGAGCAAGGCCAAGACGGUGUUCGGAGUGCUGCUAUGGUGCGUAUGCUGGGCCGACCUCUUCUACUCCUUCCAUGGACUCGUCCAGAACCAGAGCCCGCCCCCUGUCUACUUUGUGACGCCAUUGAUACUCGGAAUCACCAUGAUCACAGCUACGGUGCUCGCUCAGUAUGAAAGGCUCAGGGGAGUCCAGUCGUCGGGGGUGCUAAUAAUAUUUUGGUUCCUGGCAACGGUGUGCGCCAUCAUCCCCUUCCGCUCCAAAGUUAUGGCCUCAGCAAGGCAGGGCCAAGUUACUGAUAAAUUCCGCUUCACAACAUUUUUCCUUUACUUUUCUCUGCUGGUAAUAGAACUCCUUCUGUCCUGUUUCAAAGAAGCGCGACCGUUCUUCUCCCCCGUCAGAGAUGAAAUAAAUCCGUGCCCAGAAUCCGAUGCCGGUUUCCUUUCGAGAUUAACAUUUUGGUGGUUUACAAAAAUGGCUAUUUUAGGUUACAAAAGGCCACUGGAAGAUAAAGAUCUCUGGUCCCUGAAUGAAGAUGAUACAUCGAAUGUGGUGGUGACAAAUCUCAUAAAGGAGUGGGAGAAGGAGAAAAGCAACUUGGCGCAGAUGCAAGUCUCGUACAGUAAGAAGCCAGAAGCAGUUCUCAAUCACACAGACGAGAAGGCCUACGAAUCUGACGUUCUAAUUGUAGACAACAAGAAACCAAAGGAACCGUCUUUCCUGAAAGUUUUGCUCAGAACCUUUGGGCCCUACUUUUUAAUUGGCUCCUUUUUUAAGCUCUUCCAGGACCUCCUCUCCUUCGUUAAUCCUCAGCUACUAAGUAUUCUGAUAACGUUUAUAAAGAACAAAGAUGCUCCUUCGUGGUGGGGAUUUUGUAUCGCCGUCCUGAUGUUCCUCACCUCCUUGGUCCAGACCUUAAUCCUCCACCAGCAUUUCCAGUACUGCUUUGUAACGGGCAUGAGGCUUAGAAGCGCCAUCACUGGUAUAAUAUACAGAAAGUCAUUGGUAAUCACAAACUCCGCAAAACGCUCUUCGACUGUCGGGGAAGUGGUGAACCUGAUGUCGGUCGAUGCGCAGCGCUUCCAAGAUCUGACAACGUUUCUCAACAUGCUGUGGUCUGCUCCGUUACAGAUAUGCCUCGCUCUCUACUUCCUCUGGCAGGCCCUGGGACCGUCCGUGCUAGCCGGCGUCGCUGUGAUGGUUUUAUUGAUUCCCAUCAAUGCCUUUAUAGCCAUGAAAACAAGAGCGUUCCAAGUUGAGCAAAUGCAGUAUAAAGACUCCCGUAUCAAACUGAUGAACGAAAUCCUGAACGGAAUUAAGGUUCUAAAACUCUACGCCUGGGAACCGUCGUUUGCGCAGAAAGUCCUUGAAAUACGAAACAAAGAGUUAAAUAUCCUGAAGAAGGCGGCCUAUCUCAACGCGCUGUCGACUUUCGCCUGGACGAGUGCCCCGUUUUUGGUUGCCCUGACCACGUUUGCAGUUUACGUAACAGUUGAUGAGAAAAACAUCCUCGAUGCAGAGAAAGCCUUUGUAUCCCUCUCUCUAUUUAACAUUCUGAGAUUCCCCCUGAAUAUGUUGCCUCAGGUCAUCAGCAAUUUGGCACAGGCAAGUGUUUCCAUUAAAAGAAUUCAGAAUUUCUUGGCGAACGAUGAACUAGACCUGAAUGCAGUGACUAAAGACAAAACGUUACCAGGUAAUGCUAUCACAGUACAUAAUGGGACGUUCAGCUGGGCUAAGAACGGUGGAGCAAUACUACAAAAUAUUAACUUGUUGGUCCCAAGUGGCUCCCUGGUGGCAGUUGUAGGCCAGGUUGGCUGUGGAAAAUCUUCUUUGGUGUCGGCCCUUCUUGGUGAAAUGGAAAAAGAAGAAGGGGAGGUGUCUGUGCGGGGUUCCGUGGCGUACGUUCCUCAACAAGCCUGGAUACAAAACUGCACCCUAAAAGACAAUAUUCUGUUUGGCAGAGCUGCGAAUGAAAAGAACUACAAGAAGGUUUUGGAAGCCUGUGCGUUAGUGACGGAUCUGGAAGUCCUACCUGGUGGGGACCAGACUGAGAUUGGAGAGAAGGGGAUUAAUCUGUCAGGAGGGCAGAAGCAGCGAGUGAGCCUUGCCCGGGCUGUGUUUAGCAAUGCCGACGUGUAUCUCUUGGACGACCCUCUCUCCGCUGUGGACGCUCAUGUGGCAAAACACAUCUUUGACAACGUAAUAGGACCCGAUGGGUUGCUACGUGGAAAAACAAGAGUGUUAGUCACUCAUGGCAUUAGUUUCCUGCCCCAAGUCGACCAUAUUGUUGUAUUGGUGGAUGGAAGAGUCACAGAAAUGGGAUCUUAUCAAGAGCUUUUGAAGCAAAAUGGAGCCUUUUCUGAAUUCCUGCGUAAUUAUGCUUUUGAUGACGAAGUAGAAGAGGAAGAUAUAACAAUUCCAGAUGAAGAAGAAGUUUUAUUGGCCGAGGAAACAUUAAGCACUCACACCGAUCUGGCAGAUAAUGAGCCCGUUGCCAAUGAAGCCCGCAAGAAGUUCAUCAGGCAGAUAAGCAUACUAUCUGAUGGAGAACCUUCCCAUGCAAUGUCAACGAGGAGAAGGUUUACUGAAAAGAAGCCAUCAGAGAACCUAGUGGCCAAACAACCACCAACAGAGAAGCUUAUUCAGACGGAAACUACAGAGACAGGAAGGGUAAAAAUGACGGUGUUCUGGCAGUAUAUGAAGGCGGUUGGGUUGGCAAUCUCUGUCUUUAUAUGUUUCCUGUACUCCUGUCAAAAUGCAGCGGCCAUAGGUGCAAAUGUGUGGCUUAGUGACUGGACCAAUGAACCAGUAAUAAAUCAAACCCAGCAGAACACACAAAUGCGAGUGGGAGUGUACGCCGCUCUGGGCAUCCUACAGGGUCUACUGGUCAUGACAUCUUCUUUCUCUCUGGCCAUUGCUGGAAUAGGAGCAGCACGGAAACUCCAUUCUGCCCUCCUCGACAACAAAAUGCACACGCCCCAGUCUUUCUAUGACACAACGCCUAUCGGGCGCAUCAUCAACCGCUUUUCCAAAGAUAUCUAUGUGAUUGAUGAAGUGAUACCCGGAACAAUCUUAAUGUUCCUGGCAACAUUUUUCACAUCGCUGUCCACAAUGAUUGUAAUUGUAGCGAGCACACCCCUCUUUGCAGUGGUGAUCAUCCCUCUCGCCAUUGCAUAUAUAUUUGUGCAGAGGUUUUACGUUGCAACAUCCCGCCAGUUGAAGCGCCUCGAGUCCGUCAGCCGAUCCCCUAUAUAUUCUCAUUUCUCCGAGACCAUCACGGGAGCCAGCAUUAUCCGGGCCUACGGGAGGCAAAACAGCUUCAUUGUGCUAAGUGAUAACAAAGUUGACGAGAACCAAAAAAGUUAUUACCCGGGCAUCGUAUCAAACAGGUGGCUGGGUGUUAGAGUGGAGUUUGUUGGCAACUGCGUGGUCCUGUUUGCUGCUCUGUUUGCAGUCCUUGGCAGGGAGCACCUAAGCCCUGGGCUGGUAGGGCUGUCAGUGUCCUAUGCAUUACAGGUAACAAUGUCCCUAAACUGGAUGGUGAGGAUGACUUCAGAUCUGGAGACCAACAUCGUAGCUGUGGAGAGAGUAAAGGAAUAUGCAGAGAAUGAGACAGAGGCGCCCUGGCACAUAGAAGAUACGAAACCACCAGAGGACUGGCCUAGCAAAGGGGAAGUUGAACUGUCAAACUAUUCGGUCCGGUACAGAGCUGGUUUGGAUCUGGUGCUGAAGAACCUAAAUCUUAAAGUAAACGGAGGAGAAAAGGUGGGAAUUGUUGGCAGAACCGGAGCGGGGAAAUCUUCAAUGACACUUUGCUUGUUCCGGAUUUUGGAACCUGCAGAAGGAAUCGUUAAAAUAGACAACGUGAAUAUAUCGGAGAUUGGUCUCCAGGAUCUCCGGUCCAGGCUUACUAUAAUUCCUCAGGACCCUGUACUCUUUUCUGGAACUUUAAGAAUGAACCUUGAUCCAUUUAACAAGUACAGCGAUGAUGAGAUCUGGAAGGCGCUGGAGCUAUCGAACCUGAAGAAAUUUGUUGCUGGCCAACCUUCCCAGCUGGAGUAUGAAUGCUCUGAAGGUGGAGAAAAUCUGAGUGUCGGACAGAGACAACUCGUGUGUUUGGCAAGGGCCCUUCUGCGCAAAACCAGAAUUCUCAUCCUAGAUGAGGCCACGGCCGCUAUCGACUUGGAAACGGACGAUCUCAUACAAAUGACCAUUAGGACUCAGUUUGAAGACUGCACGGUGCUAACUAUCGCCCAUCGCCUCAACACCAUCAUGGAUUAUACCAGGGUUCUUGUUCUAGACAAAGGGAGAAUCGCGGAAUUCGAUACUCCGACCAAUCUCAUAGCACUGAAGGGAAUUUUCUACGGAAUGGCAAAGGAUGCCGGGUUAGCCUAAUUUUAUCACACGUAUCACCGAAAUCAUUUCAAGGGAAUUUUUUUCUAUACAUCUGUACUGUACAUACUGUUUGGAAAAACAAAACUGUAUAUUUUUACAUUUUUUUGUUAUGAUUGUUAUAAUGAUAGAGGGCUAAACUAUUUUGUACAUAAGAUUUUGUGUUCGGAACGGAAACUCUCCAUUGGAAGAUAAAAGAGAAGAAGUUUUUAUUGCUGCCUCUAAACAUGGGAUGUUUAUUUACCAGAAAAGAAAAAAGUCCUGCAAAAAUAAAUUAUAUCCAGUUUUCUUAUAUA